UGCAGCCAUGGAGGAAGUGAGAGUGUUUCCGCUGACUUGUGCUGUGCAGAAUUAUGCAUGGGGGAAAGUUGGACUGGACAGCGAGGUGGCGAAACUGGUGAUUGGUGGAGACCCGCUAGCUGUCAUAGAGGUUGGCAAACAUUAUGCUGAGCUGUGGAUGGGUGCCCACCCGAAAGGUGAUGCCCAGAUUAAAGACAACAGGAUCGCACAGACCACAUUGGGCCAGUGGAUUGCCCACUUCCCCGCCAGCCUGGGCUCUAAGGUCAAAGACACGUUCCAGGGUCAGCUGCCCUUCCUCUUGAAAGUACUCUCUGUCAACACAGCGUUGUCCGUACAGGCCCACCCCAACAGGGAGUUAGCUGCUCGUCUCCACACUCAGUUUCCGGAGCACUAUCCAGACACCAACCACAAACCAGAGAUGGCCAUCGCUCUCACCCGCUUCCAGGGCCUCUGUGGCUUCAGACCAGUGGAGGAGAUCCUGGGAUUUCUUAAAUCCGUCCCAGAGUUUCAUGCUCUGGUUGGCAACGCGGCCGCGGAGGAACUGCGGAGCAGCAUGGGAGAUGCGGCCCGUACGAGCCAGGCGCUGAAGAAGUGCUUCACCAGGAUGAUGAACUGUGAGAAGAAGGUGUUCGUGGACCAGCUCAACAUGCUGGUGAAGAGAGUCACUGAAGAGGGAGCAGCUGGGAAGGAUACAUCAAGCAGCAAUGGCGACCUGUUGCUCCGCCUCCACUCUCAGUACCCCGGAGACAUCGGCUGCUUCUCCAUCUACUUCCUCAACCUCAUGGACCUGGAUGCAGGCCAGGCCAUGUUCCUGGGAGCCAGUGAGCCUCAUGCUUACCUCUAUGGAGACUGCAUUGAGUGCAUGGCCUGCUCUGACAACACAGUGAGGGCCGGCCUGACGCCGAAAUACAUUGACGUUAACACACUGUGCGAGAUGCUGGACUACAGCUCUGCUCCGGCCAGCUCCAAAAUAUUCCCGUGUGUUCAAGACCCUUCGGACCCCUGCGUGUCCGUGUACGACCCCCCGGUGCCAGACUUCACUGUCAUGAGGAUACAGGUCCCAGCCUCAGUGAAGCAGUACACUGUGGCGCCGCUCGACUCCGCCAGCAUCGUCCUGGUUAUCGAGGGCGACGCCUCCGCGGCCUCACCUGCUGCGCUCUCCGACAUCACCUUGAGGCGCGGCACCGUCCUGUUCAUCUCGGCCAACGAGAGCGUCUCCCUGCACAUCACCUCCCAGUCGGGAAUGAGUAUGUUUCGAGCCUGCUGCCUCCUGUAGUCGUGAGUCUGUGGCUGUGUGUGAACGCUCAUGCUACCCGUCUGUUCCUCCUCUGGUUUGACUCGGCGAGGUCUACCCUGCUUUAUGGAUUGAGCCCGAUGAUUGCUGUGCACUUUAGUAGGUAGUAUCUAAAAAAUGAGCUUUCAGACACAGAGAGUCGAUGCCCGUCUGUGCCCGCUGCCCCCCCCCCCCCCCCCCCCCCCCCCCCCCCCCUCCCCUCCCCACCCCUCCUCUCCCCACAACCCAAACUUGCCCUGUGGACCAGCUGUGUCACCCUUACACGCCAGCAGCAGUGUUCUCUAGCUUUAAAAUCCAGCAGUAAUCCAGUGCUGCUGGAUUUUAAUACGUUUUAACGGUCUUCUUUACCUGUAGUGGUGCAAGUACAACUUAAAGAAUAAAGAUAGGAAAAGGGGCACAUCCCAAACUCUUGUCAGGUGCUAAGAAUAACAAAACUAGGUCAAACAAAACUUAGUAUGUGGCUGGACCCUGUAUGAAACGCUAGAGGGCUGUUCAUUUGAAACGACGCAUACAGGAAGUGGCGAAAUUCCGCCAAGGCAACUGAUCAGCUGACUAAAUGAUGCAACUUCAUCAAUUAUUCAGUCGCUCUCUCACAAUCAUAGGACUCGCCCCGCUGUUGUGGUCCAGCCAAAAAAUAAAGAAUGUCUUCAAUACUGAACGGCACCCAAUAUAAAUACUAAUUAUUAAGUGCUCAUGACACUGUUACAAUCACUUUAUCCAUAUUAGACUCCUGAUGAAAAAGCUGAUAGUUUGACAUCAGACAUUGUUCAUUCUUGACCUCGGAAACGAUCUCACACCAAAAGAUAAAUUUAGUAGCUGUUCUGGAGCUCAAAGUGAAGUCUUUAAAGGGCCCAGAAAAAUAUAGAAAACUGCAUCUGCUGAUAAAGAUCAUGUUGUAUGAAUCAAAAGCUACUAAAUGGACCUUUUGGUGUGAAUAUUAUCAGUAAUAAAUAUAAUAAUAAGAGCUAACGUGGAUGGAAAAAGUGCUCAAGAGAGAAAUGAAUCAAUGAACAUCUAUACUGUAUGUACAAUUGAGCAGACUCAAUCCACUGAUGAAGACCAUGAGAUGUGGUUAAAAGCUCUGUAAAAGAUUAGUGGAUCUUUUUUAUGUCACAUUAAAAUAUUGCUUAUGUGCAGUUUGUAUUCAGGGUGUUUUAUCAGCUGCCCUUCAGCGUUCUGGACAUUUUAACUCUUUAUUCUAAUCAAACUUCAGCCAGAUGCUCUCCUGUUCCAGCCUGAGGUGAAAAUAACGCACUUCAGCACUGAAGCAGGGUGGUGGGGCAAAUUACGUCUGUUUACACUGGUGCAGCACAUCACCACUCACUGCUUCUUUACAUUAGCCAUCAUCGGUGAGCAUGUCUGUUUAACGAGCCCGAGCAGUCGUCGUCUUCUUUACCGGGGGGCGUCCGCUGGUGUGAAUACAUGUUAUAUCGGUUUAAGUUUAGCUCGAAUAUCCACCUUUUUAAACUCUCAACUUUGAGAAAAACAUUGUUAGUAGUUGAGAGCAUAUAGUAUAAUCCUGAGAUGCCUGUGCAUGUUUGAUUUAGAGCAGUAAUACUGGGAGGAAGGAGCCUUUUACUGGGAGUAUUAACUGCUUUUAACCAUUACCAGCGCAUGUCUACGGUCUGGAAACUUCUCUUUUAAAAAGUAGUGAGACAUUAAAGAUUUAAAAAACCAACUAAAACAUAAGGAAGCAAGAAGAACCGCUAACUACUGUAGAUCCAUCCCACGAUGCACGACGACUUCUGUAUAAUUGUAAAUGCGUUAAUGCUGCCUGUCGAUUCCUUCCAGAGUUUGACUGAAGACAUUUAACUCAUCCGCGCCUCGUACACUCGUACAACAAAAUGCUGCAUUCAGUUUUUUAGUAUUUUAAAGGAACAAAGUACGAACACGUCUGUAUUUUAUUGAGUAUUUGAAGCCAAAUUUUUUCAGACUUUGUAUGUUUUGUUGUUUGUACUGAUUCAUCAAUCGGACAUUACAUACUAAAGAAGAAACGACCCCUGAACUAUUAAAAGUAUUUUAGGGUUUUAUCUUUGGGAUCACAGGGUGGUUUGUUUUUCAGUGACCACUUUAGCCAAUUGCAACACAAAUUGCAAUAUUUUAACUUGAUUAUUUCAAUAAUGGUGCAAAAAUAUUCCAGUUCAUACCAGGGUCGAUCUGAAUUCAGUCAAUCAUGAAGAGUGGUGUUCUUGUUGUUCUAGUUUUUGUAGGCGAUCUUUAAUCAAAUAUUUGGGAAUGAAUGCCUGUCAACCUACCUGUGAAUAAAUAUUACUCUCUAUAGUCCGACGUGAAUGAAUGAUAACAGUGAAAUGAGCCAACCCCGAUAACGCUUUUUACCUACGUCAUCAUGACCAGGAUUGUAAUGCGGGCGGAAAUCUCUAAGCUUGUUCUGAAUAUAGAUGCACUAAACCUUUACUUGUUUGUUGUUGCUAAAAUGUCGAACGAUAUCAAGAGAUCGAAGGAUGUCAAUAGUCCAUUUAAAGUGUGUCUUUUUGAUUAAAAGAACAUUACCUCAACGUUAAUUCUUCCAUCUCUAUAAUAUGUUAGUUAUGUUAUCUGCCAUAUUUUCAAAGGGAUUUAAUUUAAUCGUCUCAUUUUUAACUCAUUUAAUUAUCACACACAUUUGUUACUGAUCUUGUUUGAAGUCACCUUUUAGUUUAAAUAUUAUAGAUUUGUUUCCGUAAUAUGGAUUUUUGCACACUGAGUUUUAGGUUUUUACUUUCACUUUUAACUCAUGUCCUUCAAGUGCUCACAGAUCUGAAGGGGCCACAAUGUUUUAUUUUAACUAUUUUAUUAAUAUAUUGUUAGGACAUUUAUUUGAAUUUGACUCUAGUGAGGGCAUGGUUUAGCAUUUUUGAAUAUGGUGAUGCUGUAGCAUGGGACUGCAGAGAACAUAUGUAUGUAAAAGUGGUUUAAUAAAGCCUUGUGUGGUUACUA